UUUCACCCUCCAGAAAGCACAGUGUCUCUGAAGCAGAGGGAGCGAAAGAGAAAGAAAGGAGGAGACGGGCUGCCUCCAGGAUUCUGUGCAAGCCAAGAUGGGAAUGUAGUUCAGAGCAGCUUUUCACAUGAAAUUAGAAACAGAGUAUUUGCUACUCAAAGGCAAAGAAGAGGAGGAGAAUUGUACAUCUUCCAACUCCAGGGAUCGCAAGGGAAUUUGUGAGAUUGUCACUUGACUUACAUAGCACUGCAUGCCAUUAUAUAUAUAUUUUUCCUUACCUUUGUCUCCCUUUUCUUAUCUUUUUAAAAAACUUUAAACUCCUGUCUUCACUCCUACCUUUUCCACAUCUUUUCCUUGGCUGGCAGGUUCCUAUGGAUUGUGUGAUUUGUCUUGGAGAAAACUGUUUUGCAAGGAAAGGCUGGACUAUUUCUUCCCCACUAGAAGUGGUCAAUGAAGAGAUGUGCUAUUGUUGUGUAAUCUAGCUUUUAACUGGGAUUUUCUUUUUAAAUCCCCUCUUUGUUGUAUCUCUAGACAAAACAAAAAUUUCACCCCCUGUGUUUGGGAAGUCAGUCUCUUGAAGCAGUGUGAGAGAAGGCAGUUCCAAUGAUGAGGUGGAGUGGCAUGCAAAUGGAACGGAGUUAUAUUUUUGGAUUUUGUUGCCUCAUUCUGUUGGAUUCAGGACAGGUUUGGACUGGAAAUCCUAGUACCCCAAAACCUGAAUUGGAGAUGCAGACGGAGACCAGUGGCAACAUCACCUUGGGUCCUACCGUGGAAGACACAGCUGUUGCUCCCACUGAGGCCUUACUUCGGGGUGAUCGGUGUCUUGGCUACUAUGAUGUUAUGGGCCAGUGGGACCCUCCAUUUAACUGCAAUUCAGGGAUCUACAAGUUUUGUUGCGGGACCUGUGGGUAUCGUUUCUGCUGCCAGUUCACAGGUGGACGACUGGACCAAAGUGGCUGUUCCAACUAUGAGACACCAGAAUGGGUCAACACAGGCCAACCACCACCAAAAGUGGAUGAGUCCCCCAUGAAUCCCACCAGAGAUAAGACCAACAUGAUUGUAUAUAUUAUCUGUGGUGUAGUGGCCAUCAUGGUGCUGGUGGGGAUAUUUACCAAGCUGGGAUUGGAGAAAUCGCAGAGCCCUCAGGCUGAGAUGACCAUGUCCAGAACUCUCACAGAUCUACUGAAGCAGCCAGGGCAUGGACCAUCUGAUCUCUUGCCUGAUGGCCACAUUGGCAGUGUGCAGGUCCAGAUUGGAGACAGCCUUUCUCGUGGAUCUCCCAGGAAUGGCACCGGCAAGAACCACCUGAACAAUGCCAUAGUCAACCCUUCCACCAUUCCACAGAUUGGGCUGCCACAUUCACACAACAACCGGCUGCAAAUGGCAACCACCAUGCCCCACCAGGUGCCAGACUACACCAAGUAUGCAACUCUGAAGGCUGUAGAAAGUGCACCUGAGGAAUUCUACAAGAGGUUUCCUGUAAUGGACAUACCACCCUCAGGCAAUCUUCCCUUUGCUCCCUUGACGCUACAUCAGAAGGACAUCCCAGCUUUUCAAGAUGGCUGUGCUCUGAUUGGCUUGGCAACGCCAGGACAGAAGGCCAAGGUGAUGAAAUCCAAUGCCCAUACACUGGCAACUAGCCCUGCUUUCAAAGGGGGCUGGGAUCCCAAUCACCCUGACCUUCGACGACAGGCCUACACCACCAAGCGUCAGUUCAGUAUCGAGAAGCUGCCAGAGGUCUUCAGCCAAACGCCCACCCAUUACACCCACCAGCAACGUCCCUUUUCCACCAACAGCAAGACAGAGGUGACUGUCUAGACAAGACUGUUCUCUCAUCAUUAUAUUCUCCCUUUACUUCAAGCAGCCUGUUAGGUGGGCAACUACCUGGCCAAGAUGCUCCCCUCUCAACACUGGCACUGCCAGGUUCUGUGAAGGAGCUAGGACAGUCUUUAGGAAGUUUGCCCACUUAGUGUGGUCUUCUGUUUUCUGCAUCCUGACAGGACUUGGCCAGCAUGCAUGGUGAAACCGGCAUGCAUGUUGCCCUGUGAUUUGAUGCACGACUGUUGUUUCAGGUCCACCUCUUCAUCACAUCACACUCCUUCCACAAGGGUCAGCAUCAGCAAGAAACAUGGAGGACACCACUAAUGUUCUGCAUGGGAUGGGAUAAUAUGAAUGGUUCUUGUCCUCUAGCAAUGAAGACCAUGAGCAGUGAGACAAAACAAACUGUUGCAAUAGCUUACCAGUGCAUUGUGUUUUAUCAUUUGCCCUAUAUUAUAUUUCUCCUCUGCCUUUCACUGAGGUUAAACAAAUGCAGAAAAGAAAAAAAAAGACAAGGGCAUGAGGAAACAGCGGAAGAAGAAACACUUUUCAAAGGAAACUGUUAAGGGCUGAAAAAAAAUUGUAGACUAUCUUUCAUACAGUGGGUACUUGGUAUCUGCUGGGCUUUGGUCCCAGGUCCCACCCACCUGUGGAUAGCAAUGUGCAUGGAUGCACAAGUCCCAUUAUAUACAGUGAGGUAGUACAGUAAAAUGGCAAAAUCAAGGCUUGCUUUUGGGAGUUUUUUCCCCAGGCCAUAGAUGGUUGCAUCCCUGAAUACAGAGGGUGGACUGUAUUGAGCUCAGUCUUUUCCAUUGUCCAGGAAAUGUCUUGGUUUAAAGCCAUUUGUUAAUAUUGCUCAUUUCAUAUAAAUCCUCUAUUCUAUAGAGAUGCUCUGCCUUCCACCAGGAACUACCAUUAUGGGCCAUACAUAAAAUGACUUGACAGUGGGUUGAGGAAAUAGUGUGCAUUGCUUCAGAGGGUUAUUACCCACCAGACGAUGAGAAAGAGUAAUAGUGGGUGCCUGGCAUGAAGGUCUUGGAGUGCAACCACAAUGUGCAUGAGUGUGCUUGUAUGAGAGAGUAUGUGUUUGUUCAAUCUGUAUACCUCAUUUGUGACAUUCUCCAUGGAGCCUUUUUCUGUAAACAUUUCAGCCACAGGCUGGAAAGUCAAUUUUGCUAUUAAGGGCUUGGUCUAGCAUCAGAAGAACCAAAGUGAGGGAUAUUAGUGUUUUAGCAACAGAUCGGGAGACCAUUAUUAUUUCACAUGCAAUGGGAAAUAAGCAGCACACUGGCUCUUCACGUUAUUUCACUGUUCAGUCGGUCAUAGCAUCUUUCUUGUGACUCUUAUUCCAGCAGGGAGGUAAUGCAACAUCCUCCACUGCAUGGGUGACUGGAACUAUAGUCAUCCUUAUAGCUCAUUGUGGAAAGGUAUAUCCCCUUUUUCUUUUAACCUAGUUCUUGCCAAUUAGCAUAUGCAAUUGGCCAUGUUUCAUAUAGUAUAACCAGAGAAUUUUAAAUUCAAAGGGUACUUACUUGAAAUGCCAAACAGCUGAACAAUAGGGUGUGGAUUUGGAUUGAGCCACUGUUUGGUCUGCAUCCUAAUGCUCUUCCCUUUUCCUAUAGCAAACUGGCUUCACUUUGCUAGGAUUCCUACCUCCCCUUUGCAGUGGGAGACUGUCAAACAGAGAAAUGUGCCAUGAGAAAUCCUCAUUAUGUUUGCAGACAAAGUAUAACCCUAUAAAUAACAUUAUAUAUAACUACAGAGCUUGCUUAACACAGAGGCAUACGACUUCUGUUAGACACUGAAUCGACACAAGCAAAUGAAGUAUUUCUCAUACAUAGGUGUAGGGCAACAAGUCACUGAGGGGCUCUCUGUCAAAUAAUAUAAUAUAUGGAAGGGAGGCUGUAGGAAGUGGGGCUCACCACUCAAGCUCAGUGCAGGGUCUAAACCAAAUCCAUGUUAAAGGUACAACAAAAUGGACAAUUAUGGCAAAAACAGAAGGUGGGUGAGACCAAUAUUUGUCUGUGGAAAGAAAUAAGAGGAUUAGCCAGCUGUUGUCUUUCCAACCUGCUGUUUUAGACAUAUGUACAAUAUUGCCACACAGAUAUUAUUUCUUCUAAUAAUGCUAUCUUGUUCUUUCAAAUGGAUCUGGCUUUUCCAGUGCACUUUACUGGCAUUCAAUGUAUUUAUUGUUUCCUGCUAAUGGCCCAUUCUUUCCUAUAAGGCAGGGAUGGGAAUAAUGGAACCUUCCAGAUGUUGUUGGAAUCAAACAUUCAGCAUUUUUCUCCACUGGCUGUGUUUGGAAAGGGCAGCUGGGUGUUGUAGUCUAACAACAUCUGGAAGGUCAAAUGAUCCCCAGCCCUGCCAUAACUUGGGCUUGAUUUGUACCACACAGUUGUAUGUGUGCCACUUGUGCAACAUGAAGAGUGUCUGGUGGCAUCUGUUUGGAUCUUCUAUAAUUAUCAUUGAUAUGUGUGUGUAUACAUAUACAUACAUACAUACAUACUGUACAUAUAUUUGUAGUUGUAUGUUAUUAACAA